CAUACAAGGCCAAGACAAAAACAACGUUGAUGAGAUCAAACAAUAUUUGGAUUGUCGAUACAUCUCCCCAAGUGAAGCAUGUUGGCGGAUAUUUUCUUAUUCUAUUCAUGGCAAAAAACCAGCCGUAGAAAGAUUGUUUUUUCACAUGGAAGGUGAAAAUUCCGUGUACUACAAAGACUACGAGCAGGUUGGUGAUGUGUUGCUCAAACCAAGUGUAACGGAGUCCAUGUUUACGGCUUGGUUUGAGGCUAACAAAACUUAUGAGGAAGCAAGGUUACUAACUUAUGGGGACUUUGUUUCUAAAUUUGUCUAUCAUAAACGAAGUCGAAGUUGGAAACCAAGGAAGCGAGGGUAUACCAUUGGUCGACUGAUUUGGGUUCCCCAAUCCACCGGCGAGUUGUUUUAUUUAAGAAUGAUGCUUACCGUCAAGAAAGGUCCGUUGUGCUAUCAAGAUAUCAAAACGGUUGAUGGUAAGAAGUGCAAAACUUUUAGAGAUGCGUGCUUUGCGAUGGGUUUUUUACAAGAUGAUCGUGAAUUUGUCGAGGCAAUAAAAGAGGCGCAUCUUUGGGGUUCGGGACCUUUUUUGCGCAAACUUUUUGUGACAAUGUUACUUUCGGGAUCCAUGAACAGACCUGAACAUGUUUGGAGAAAGACUUGGAGAUAUUUAUCGGAUGGCAUACUCUAUGAUCAACGGUUAUUGGCAAGAAAUCAAGGUUUGACAAUGAGCGAUGCCGAGCUUAAGGAACGGACACUGAUGGCUAUUGAAACACUAUUGCAAAAUAAUAAUCGUAGCUUAAAGGACUUCAAACCAAUGCCAGUUCCAAAAGAGGAUGUCAUUUUCUUUACAGGAAACAGAUUACUUUAUGAUGAACGUCAAUAUGAUGUUGUUGAACAACAUCAAAUUUUUGAACAUUUGUCUGCUUCUCUUACAAGUAAUAUGACUCUCUUAUUACAACAAUUUAGAAUAGUUAAACUCUUGCAUUAUAUUAACAAAGCUGUUUGGAAACAUCUCUUAUACAUAGAUGAACAAAGAGGAAUUUUUGAGGAAAUCAUGGAUGCUGUAGAGAAGCAACAAGGAGGUGUUUUUUUUCUGUAUGGCUAUGGUGGAACUGGUAAGACCUUUAUGUGGAAAACUUUAUCAGCAGCACUUAGGUCUAAGAAAAAAAUUGUCUUGCCUGUUGCCUCAAGUGGAAUUGCAAGUUUGUUGUUACCAGGUGGAAGAACAGCUCAUUCUAGAUUUAGGAUUCCUAUUCCGACUUUAGAAAAUUCUAUUUGCAACAUUGAAAAACAAGAUGAUCUUGCUGGGCUUCUAAAGAUGACAGAUUUAAUUAUAUGGGAUGAGGCUCCUAUGGCCAAUAAAUUUUGCUUUGAAUCUCUCGACAAAUCCUUAAGAGAUAUUAUGAGUGGAAUCCCCCAUGCAUCUAAGAAAGUUUUUGGUGGUAAGGUUGUUGUGUUUGGUGGUGACUUCAGACAAAUUCUCCCUGUUAUACCGAGAGGAACUAGAUCAGACAUUAUCCAUGCAACAAUAAAUGCUUCUUAUAUUUGGGAUCAUUGUAAGGUCUUGAGGCUUACAAAGAACAUGCGCUUGCAAAAUGGUGAUAAUGAUCCUUCUACAGAUGAUGACAUAAGGAGCUUUUCUGAGUGGAUUUUAAAAAUUGGAGAUGGGACCAUGUGUGAGCCAAAUGAUGGUUAUGUUGAUAUUUGUAUUCCAGAUGAGUUCUUAAUUUCUAGCUUUUCUGAUCCAAUCAAGGCAAUUGUUGAAGAUACAUACCCUGAUCUCAUUCAUAAUUAUCUUGAUUCCAAUUAUCUUCAAAGUCGUGCGAUCUUAGCUUCAACAAUUGAAGUUGUUGAUGAUAUCAACCAAUAUAUCACAAAUCUUAUUCCAGGAGAAGAGAAAGAAUACUUUAGUAGUGAUUCUAUUGAUAAAUCUGAUGUCACUAGCUUUGAUGCAUAUGAGCAUGUGACACCCGAGUUCCUAAAUGCUCUCAAGACUUUGGGACUGCCUAACCAUUCAAUCAAGUUGAAAGUUGGUGCCACUAUUAUGUUGAUGCCCAAUCUAGAUCAGUCUGAAGGAUUGUGCAAUGGUACAAGGCUAACUGUAACCCGACUUGCUAAUCAUGUCAUUGAAGCUAAGAUCAUUUCUGGAAAAAAUAUUGGUAACUUAUUUUAUAUUCCUAGAAUGUCUCUAUCUCCCUCACAAUCGCCAUGGCCGUUUAAAUUGGUAAGGCGACAGUUUCCAAUUAUUGUUUCCUUUGCCAUGACUAUUAACAAAUCCCAAGGGCAAUCACUUGAUAAUGUUGGUUUGUAUUUGCCUAAAGAAGUUUUUAGUCAUGGGCAAUUAUAUGUGGCUAUCUCAAGAGUCAAAUCGAAAAAGGGUUUAAGGAUUCUUAUUCAUGACAAAGAUAAUCAAUCUAUGAGCUCUACCACCAAUGUUGUAUUCAAAGAAGUGUUCCAUAACAUUUGA